CAGAAAUCAUGAAAACAUCUUCAAUCUCAACUCUUCCAUUCUUUCUUCUUCUCUUAUUGUCAUCGACUUUCGAAGCUUCUGCUGAUAAGGAAGACAAAUUCCUUCAAUGUCUCACCUACCAAUUCAAGAACUACUCCUUCAUUUCAAAUGAUGUCUACACUCCUUCAAACUCAUCUUACACUUCCAUCCUACAAUUCUCCAUCCAAAACCUUAGAUUCGCUUCGGAAUCCACUCCUAAACCGCGAGUGAUCAUAACCCCAGAACACGAAUCCCAGAUCCCGCCAGUCAUACGUUGUGCUAGACAGAGUGGUCUGGAGAUCAGAACUCGAAGUGGUGGCCAUGACCUGGAGGGAUUAUCUUACGUAUCACAAGUCCCGUUUGUGUUAAUUGAUUUGAUCAAUCUCAGCGAAGUCACAGUCAACGCGGAGGAGAAAACAGCCUGGAUCGAAGCAGGUUCCACCCUCGGUAUUGUAUACUACAAUAUUGCAAAAAAGAGCUCCACAUUAGGGUUUCCAGGGGGUGUUUGCAAUACCGUCGGUGUCGGUGGCCACUUUAGUGGAGGAGGGUAUGGAACAUUGAUGAGAAAAUACGGCCUAGCCGGAGAUAACGUUAUUGAUGCAAGAAUAAUCGACGUUCAUGGAAGAAUUCUGGAUAGAAAAUCAAUGGGAGAGGAUCUGUUCUGGGCAAUCAGAGGCGGUGGGGCUGCCAGUUUCGGCGUCAUCACUGCCUGGAAGGUACAACUGGUGGAUGUUCCAAAAACAGUCACGGUUUUCUCAAUCACCAAAAGCGUGGAAGAACAGAACGGCACAGAGCUCUGGCACCGCUGGCAAUAUGUAGCUCCUAAAGCCGAAAAAGAUCUAUUUGUCGAUGUAACCGUAUUAAAGGUGAACACUACGGUCCAAGUUAACUUCUUCUCAGUUUUCCAAGGCGGCGCCGACAGGUUAGUUUCAUACAUGCAAGAAAUCUUCCCCGAGUUAGGGCUAAUGAGAGAAGACUGCAUAGAAAUGAGCUGGAUCCAAUCCACCUUAUUUACCAGCCAAUUGACAAUCGAUCCACUAGAUACUUUGCUCAAUCGGACUGAGCCCGGUCGGAGGCAGUUCAAAGCCAAGUCGGAUUAUGUCCGGACACCCAUUCCUUUAAACGUGUUUAAAGGCAUGGUGAGUCUGUUACGUGAACCGGAAGCAUCGGAUGAGACGAUAUACUACACGGUACCAUAUGGGGGAAGAAUGGAUGAAAUAUCGGAAUCAGAGACUCCGUUUCCUCACAGAGCUGGCGCACUCUACAUGCUUUCUAGUGUUGCUUCAUGGCAAAACUCCGAGGCUGCGGAUGCGGAGAAUUAUAUAAGCUGGACUCGAAGGUAUUACGAGUACAUGACUCCUUAUGUCUCAAGCUCGCCCAGGGAAGCGUAUUUCAACUACAGAGAUCUCGAUAUUGGAGUGAAUAACCCUAAUGGGAAGACGAGUUACGCACAAGCCAGCGUUUGGGGGAAGAAAUAUUACAAGGAUAAUUUCGAUCGUCUUGUUCGGGUGAAGACAGUUGUUGAUCCGACCAAUUUCUUCAAGAAUGAACAGAGCAUUCCACCGUUCAAUUCUAGGUGGACUUAGAAGCACUAACCGACAACUUGUUCUGUAUAUUGUACUUAUAAAUUUAUUAAUUUUCAAAAUAAAGGUUA